AUGCCACGCGGAAGGAAAAUCGACGAUUACAUCCCAGAGAUAUGGGAUACGAGCAGGAGCGAUAUUACCAAUCAACAUCAAGUUGACUUUGGGGAUACCUUCGAAAGCGAGAAGGCAGAUGACACCCCGCCGCCACAGCAAAAGAAAGUCACUUUCCAAGAUGAAUAUGCCAUUGGGGCUAGUCUGAAAGUGGAACUAGGAAAGAUGUGGAAGGAAGUGGAAAUGGUCUUUCACGAAACGGAGUGGUCCUUUGGGAGCAAGACGGCUGAAAGUGGAGAUGGUAGUGACCACGAGUAUGGAGGAGGGUUUGACGACGACGACGACUUCAGGGAAAGUUCAAAUCUUGAUGUCGGGCUGUUGAUUGAAAAUUUGGUGGCUCUCCGAGACCUGACAGAUUCUAUCAAGUUCACCAAACAGGAAAACAAAAGGCUUGAUGACGGGGAUGAGAGGACCAGAAUUCGAGGCGAAGCCAGGGUUUUUGUGGCCAGGCAACUUUUGCAUUUACUAAAUGACGACCAGUGGAAUUUCCUUUUAAAACAGGAGAAGGAUAGAUUGUGUCACGUUGCGCCAUCGUACAAAAGAAAACCUAAGAGACUGCAAACAACUGCGGAGAGACAUGUUGCCUUGAAAGCUAUUCAGGACUUAGUUGGAGAUGCGAGGAAAAAUGCCGAGAAACAAGUUCAGAAUACCUUUGAAAUUCAACUUGCCAGUUGGACGGCGUCGAACGAGCCCCGCAUGCUUCCCCCAAACGGCAACACUAGGGACAACGACAAAAGAACCCAACCUGCGAAGGCUGAGAAGCGCAAACGAGUUCUACAGGACGAUGCCUAA